GUGACAGGGAGUUCUGGCGGAAAUUGUUGUCCGCGCGCAAAAGCCAGUCCAACGGAUAUCGGGCGACGAGUGGGAAGAGCUGGAGAAGGAACGGCCGCCCCCACCCAGAUGAGAUCGGAAGCAGCUCUGCCGAAAUGGGCAUCGAAGCCUUGCAUGAUGGGAAUCGAUGAAGCUGGCCGCGGCCCUGUUUUAGGACCUAUGGUUUAUGGAUGCGUGUACUGUGCUUGCUCAUAUCAGAAGGCGCUUUCCACAUUGAACUUUGCAGAUUCAAAAACUUUGAAAGAAGAAAAGAGGGAGGAGUUAUUUGAGAAUCUGAAAACUGAUGAAUCCAUUGGUUGGGCUGUGGAUGUGAUAGAUCCAAGGGAGCUCUCCUCUAAAAUGUUAAAGAAACAUAAAAUAAACCUGAACGAAAUAUCACAUGAUUCUGCCAUUGGCCUCGUCAGCAGAGUGCUCAACCUGGGUGUUCUUCUUACUGAGGUCUAUGUGGACACAGUGGGAGAUGCUGAAAAAUACAGGAUCAAGCUUUCUGAAAGAUUUCCAUCAAUUAAAUUUGUAGUUGCCAAGAAGGCUGAUAGUAUACCCGUUGUAAGUGGAGCAAGUAUAGUUGCAAAGGUUACAAGGGAUCGAGCAUUGCGAGAUUGGGUGCUUGAUGAAACUGCUGAAAACAUGCAUAGAAACUUUGGGUCAGGAUACCCUGGAGAUCCUGAGACUAAGUCCUGGUUGGAUGACCACAAACACUCAGUUUUCGGUUUCCCCACGCUAGUUCGGUUCAGCUGGGGAACUUGCACAUCAUACUCCAAACAUCUUGUUGAAGUAUUAUGGGAAUCUGAUGCUGCUGAUGAAGAUGGUUUAUCUGAAAGGACUCGUAAGCGGCAACUAAAGCUAACAAAUGUUGGUUUUACUGCAUCAAAGAGGAAAAGUGAAGAAAUUGAAUCAAGUGGUAAAGGACGUUGCAAGUUUUUCCAGGCUCGUAAGCUUGAGCUGCUCUCUGAGUUUUGAAGCUGAGGUUGGUGUAUCUCUAAUUAGUGAUAGCUUUGUUAUUCUUGCUCCUUCACGAUGUUUUUGUUCCAUUGGCUACAACUAACUCCAGUUUAUGAAAUUGAAUAGAAUGACGAAGUAGAUUUUUAAUCUGGCCAAAUUGUAGUUGCAAAGGCAUCAAAGUGUGUGUUACAGCAUAACUAGUUAAAUAGGUACUGAAUGACAGUGACAGCAGAAUAGAAGUCGCUUAUAACCUCUUUCAA